ACAAAAAUUAAACAAAAACUAAAAAAACAACUCUCAUAAUAGGCCACUCAUGUGAGAAUGUUAAUGCCUUGACUUUGCUAAAAUUUAUCCUGAAAAUCUACUUAUGUUUUUGUACUUGUUUCUAACUAAUCCAAAAAAUUCCCUUUCUUGAUGCCCAUUUUUUUCUUGAUUCUUUACCUAUGAUCACCAAAAUUAAGCAACCCUUUAAGCCUAAGAUCCCAAUAACAUCAACAACAUCAACAUCAGUCCCACAAUUUUCUGGUUCAGUUUUGAGUUUCUCAUCAAAGUCAAAAUCAAGAUUUGACAGAUUGUGGGUUGAUGAGAAUGGGAAAAUGGAAUUAUUGAGAAAAUUGAGUAGAGGGUGUUUUAGGAAUAGUAUAAAGAAAGGUCAGAAGAUUGAAAUUGAGUCAGUUAAUGAUGGUGAAGAUGUGUUUGAUGCUGCUUCUGCUAAGGCAAAAGUACAGCCUGAACAUCUUGUUAUUAUGGUCAAUGGUCUUAUUGGGAGUUCUGCAGAUUGGAGAUAUGCUGCUGAGCAAUUUAUCAAAAGGCUCCCUGAUAAAAUUGUCGUUCACUGUAGUGAGUGCAAUUCUUCAAGGUUGACCUUUGAUGGUGUUGACAGGAUGGGUGAGAGGCUUGCUAAAGAGGUGGAGGAUGUGAUCAGACGGUGGCCUGGGGUGCGUAAGAUCUCUUUUGUUUCUCACUCCUUAGGUGGCCUUGUAGCAAGAUAUGCCGUUGGGAGGCUGUAUGAACCUCCAAAGAUAACAGAAGUACUCGAUCUUAAUGGUUCCGACUUAGUCCGGGAAGAGAAUGUAUCGGACCAGUGUCACAAGCAGUCUUCGGAAGAAACUGUUGCUGGGUUGGAACCUUUGAACUUCAUAACAGUUGCAACUCCGCAUUUAGGCUCAAGAGGGAAUAAUCAGCUGCCACUUCUCUGUGGUCUUCCUUUGCUGGAGAAAGGCGCAUCGCAAACUGCUCAUUGGAUUGUCGGGAGAUCUGGAAAGCACCUAUUCCUCACCGAUAAAGAUAACGGGAAGCCUCCCCUCCUCCUCAGGAUGGUCAACGAUUCAGACGAUCUCAAGUUCAUGUCAGGAUUACGCUCGUUUAAGCGCCGAGUGGCAUAUGCAAAUGCUAACUACGACCAUGUUGUUGGAUGGAGAACAUCGUCAAUCCGUCGUCAGGAUGAACUUCCAAAGUCUAACCUUCAAAUAAAGGAUCAGAAAUAUCCACAUAUCGUAAACAUUGAGCAAGAAACAACUUUGGCAAUUAGCCAUAAAGUAUCUUCGCUGGAAAGGAAGGAAAUGGCUGAUUUAGAAGAGGCGAUGAUUGAAGGCCUUACACAAGUACCAUGGGAGCGAAUUGAUGUUAGCUUUCAUGAAAGCAGACAACGAUAUGUUGCACACAAUACUAUUCAGGUGAAGACUUAUUGGCUAAAUUCAGAUGGCGCAGAUGUGAUUGAACAUAUGAUCGAUAACUUCCUUCUCUAAUUGUCUGUCAUCGAGGAAUUGUCUGUCUUGGUGAUAGCUCCUUUUACUUAUCAUUACUAAGUCCUAGUCACAAUCAUGACCGCGAAUUGAAGCAUCAUCGCUAAAUCCUAGUAACAAGCAUGACCGCGAACUGGAGCAUUAUCGCUAAAUUAUUGUCUUGUAUGUAUUUGUAUCUUCAAGAACCUCACAAUGUUCCCAUUGAUCAGAAUUUUCUCAUUUUUCUUUCAUUUGUGCUUACUGUAUUUUGUUGACAGAUUGCUUUGUGAGUGACUAUAAUAGAAAGAAAUGUUCAGUUGAUCAAUCAA